GUUUGUUCAUUUCAGGGUUUUCUUGCUAUUGUUCGUUGUCCCCGUGCCCGCGGAGUCGAGGAGGGGAGAAGAGUAAAUAGCCCAUGGGAUCGUUGCGCCAGUGAUGCCCUUUGAGAUGGAGGCAAACACUAUUGAACAACUCGAUCGCCACCCAGGUGUCCCCAUGCGCGAUUUGAGUAGGUAUAUGAUCAACUGUGAAUCCUUUGAAUCAUUCCGUACGAAGUGGAUUCGAGUGAAUGCGCCCGGAUACUCGAGUAUAUAUCGCAAGUCAAACGGAGCAACCUUUCAACGGACAUUAUACACGCCAAUAUCGCUGCCUAUAAGCUUAUUAACAUAACACAGCUGCCUUAUUCAGUUUGAGCUUAGCUUGAGCCUCGAUCCACCGUCAUAUUACGUCGUCGCGCUUGGUGAAUCAGUUGCGACCUGCCUCGACGAAACGACUGGCCAGGAGCGCCCAGCGCCUAUAUUUAUCCCAGCGGCUCGACGACUCGACAACACACAAAGACGAGACGUUGGAGAUUCGGCCUGGUGACCUAGUAAGGGCUUGAAACACCAAACAUCUAACAAAAGAAAUCGCUUUGUCGAGUAACUGGCCCCGAGUCCCUGUCGCGUUUAUUGGAGUACGCACGUGGUGGUGCGUGGGUGACUGUGAGCUGGAAUAAAGAGGCCAUUCGAUUGUUUUUUCUUUCUCAUUAUUAUUGUCCAUUGUCAUUGUCAUUUUUUCUUUACAAUACAAAUCACGGCCAUUCAGAUUUCUUAUUGAGUCACUACCAUCAUGCACGAUUAAUACCUUUCCACCUACAAUAAUUGUUUUCUUGCUUCUCAUAUACUCAAGAUCCGGAAUCACAACACACAACCACACACGCAUUUGUUGCUACUGAUAAAAUCUUCAUUUUCAUUCUGUACAAAAACACACUUCAUAUACUAAAUAUGUCUACCUUGGCUGGUCUCAGGAACAUCAUGGCACACGUACACAUGCCUCCCUCGAAAGCAGACUCCUUUCCCCCGCUCCCGGGGAACCUCGAUGCCCGCCAUCACGAUUUACAGGGCGAAUACGCCCGCGACGGCAACGGCAAUAUCGCAUCCGACGCACAAUACACUCCAUACCUCGGGCUGAGAGCACGGUUAUCACAGGUCUGGAUCAACAAAUGGACGAUCCUGCUGCUGCUCGUCCUGGCAAGAGUCCUCCUGGCGAUCCAGGGCCUUGAUAACAACAUCGCAUCCGCCAAAGCCAAAGCUCUCUCGGCAUGUACGAGCGUGGAGAAUGUGGGCAGCGCCAUGGCUUCGAUGCCUCACUACAUGUCAGGGGGCGUCAACGCUAUGGCUGCCAGCGGUGUAACGAGAGCCGUGAAUGGUCUCAUGUCCAUGCUGAUGCUUGCGAUUACCGGGGUCGAAGAGAUCGUUCUGUUCAUCAUUAACAUGAUGACUUCGACUUAUAUUUGCUUGAUCACGUUGGUUGUUGGAGGAGCACUGCACGCCGCCUUGGAAGUCAUCGAUAAGGCAGGCCAGUUCCUCAACAAGACCUUGGCUACCGUUACGGGCGAGAUUACAGACGGUAUUAAUGGCUUCCAAAGCAAUAUGAACUCCUUCCUCAAAGACAUCGCUGGAGUCACUGGACUUUUCGGAGGCGAAUCAAGUCCACCAACCAUCGAUCUCACGUCCGAGAUGAACAAGUUGAAGAGCAUCAACUUCAACGCCGCCAAUCUCGACACCAACGUCAAAGCACUCGAUGCAAAGAUCCCAGACUUCAGCGAGGUCCACAACUUCACCAACAACCUGAUCCGCACUCCCUUUGAGGAGAUCAAGAAGCUGAUCAACGCCUCGACAAUCGGGUACACGUUCGACAAGUCCGUCUUCCCCGUCGCCCAAAAGGAGGCCCUAACCUUCUGCUCCGACAACAACGGCAUCAACGACUUCUUCAACGGCUUGUCCAAAACCGCCCAUGUCGCGCGCCAGGCAUUCAUCGGUGUCGUCGUUGCCCUAGCCAUCAUCGCCUGCGUGCCCAUGGCCUACCGCGAAAUUCGAAGAUGGCGCAUCACCAAGCAGCGCGCCCUUCUCAUCCAGAAACAGGCCUUCGACCCCAUGGACGUGAUGUACCUCGCCGCGCGACCCUACACCUCAACCGCCGGCAUCAAAGUCGCCUCGAAAAUGAAGACCACCAAGAAGCAAGUUCUUACGCGCUGGUUCGUCGCAUACAUCACCACCAUCCCCGCCUUAUUCGUCCUCCUCCUCGCCUUCGCGGGCUUCUUCUCCUGUCUCUGCCAGUACAUCCUCGUGCGCACGAUCGAGAAGGAAGUCCCCGCCCUAACCAACCAAGUCGGGGAUUUCAGCCAGAACGUCGUGCUCGCUCUCAACAACGCGUCCGAGCAAUGGGCCGUAGGCGCAAACGGCGUCAUCACCUCCACGAACACGAAGAUUAACACCGACGUCUUCGGCUGGGUAACCACCUCCACCACGGCGGUGAACAACACCCUCAACGUCUUCGUCGACAUGGUCGACACCCUCCUCAACGACACCUUCGGCGGCACAAUCCUCUACACCCCCAUCCAAGAGACCCUCAACUGCCUCCUCCUCCUCAAAAUCCAAGGCAUCGAAAAGGGCCUAACCUGGGUCCACGAUAACGCCCACGUCGCCUUCCCGCCAUUCGACAAGGACGUCUUCUCCCUCGGCGCCGCGGCCUCGUUGUCAGGUGAACCGGAUCAGGAGUCAUUCCUUGCAUCUCCCGGCUCGAGCGCCUCGGAUGAUAUAUCAGGAGCUGUCCAGCACGUGGUGGAUUUCAUGUACAAAACCAUCCGCGAAGAAGCCAUCAUAGCCACCGUCCUCUUCGCCGUCUACUUCCUCAUCGUGCUCAUCGGCGCCAGUCGUCUAAUCGUCGGGAUGAUGUCCCGCGACAAGACGCGCGCGGAAGGCGGGGGUGUGCCAGCGGAUUCCCCGCCGUAUGAGGAGCGUGAGGUGAGGCCCGCGGAGUUUGGGGCGUUUGGGGGAGAGGUAGAGACGCCGUUUCCGAGGGAUAAUGAGAAUCAAGGUGGGCCGUGGAUGGCGGGUGCGAUGGGGGGAGGGGAGCAGAUGGAGAAGGUUGGACAUGUGGGACAUGGGGCGCAGAGGAGUGUGGGGGAGGCGAGUACGGGGGGGCAUGGGAGGACGAGUAGUUAUGGGUUUGUGGGGGAGAAGACGGGGUGA